AUGUGGCCACCAGAGCGUAUUGUCCCAAUCGCGAUUGGAUCCCUUUGGGCACGAAUCCCAGUUUGAUUCGGUGGGAACCAAAAUUUGGUUGCCCAAGCAUGGAGCCUUUCAAAGUCUCUUAUCGUGGAUUACCUCCUUACGUUUAUCACUUGCCAACGGGGUCAGUGGGACUCGACAUUGAUUUGGUCCGAAUCCUGGCCCAAAAGCUAAAGAUGAAUCUUGAAAUGUUUGAAUUCGACUCAUGGAUAGAUAUUGAUCCCCAAACUGGUGCUUUGGGAGGAUCUGUGGGAUUAGUUAUGAAUGGUACUUACGACAUGGUGGUAGGCAAUCUGCCUUUCCCCGUUGGAGUUAUUAAGAAGUCCACGAAUCUGACCACGUUCAUUUAUGAUCUGGAUAUCAAGAUGACAACAGCUAAACCAAGACCCUUAACCCCUCUCCUAAAUGUGAUUCGUCCAUUCAGCCCUACCAUUUGGAUGACUUCUUUCGGUACAAUCAUUUUUUGCGGAAUGGUGUUUGCCCUCAAGAGCAGGAGUCAUAAGAUUCGGAGCCAAGUCAUCCUGUGGUGGAUGCUAGGAGUCCUGCUUAGUCAGUCUCGUUCCUCCAAGGGUCUUCGGAGGGCAAAAGUGCAUUUGAUCAUGGUCGUUUGGAUGUUCUUUACCUUUUGUUUGAAGCAUUUCUAUGAGUGCAACUUUCGGGCCAAUCUCAUUGCGGUGGAUUACGAGCCUACAAUAGAUUCGAUCCCAGAUCUCGUGAAACUUGGUCGACGCUUAUACAUCCCAUCAGGAACACAAUUUCAGGACAUGCUGGAUGGAUAUCCGGAUCCAAACUUUAAAUUUCUUGGUCAAAUGGCCCGACAAGAGGGACUCAUGUUCAAUUAUGAUGAACAGGGACUCGUGGAAUACGAAGCAGAGCAGAUCAUCCUCAAAAACGGGGAUGGAUUUUUGCUCAAUGAGUACAUGGGACUAGCCACGUUUGGCAAUCUGGAGGAUCGUUACGACGGGCACAAUCCAUAUCGAAUCUCUAAGAAUGUCAUAUUUCCGUCAAUGGGAUAUUUUUUGACCCGAGCGAAUUUUCCUCAUCUCAUGGAUCUUGAUUGCUUAAUCCUUUCACUGUACGAAUCAGGCAUCCCAAAUCACUUACGAAAAUCAUACAUCAGUCCCAAAUACCUUGUUCCUUCGCAGGAUCAAGUUGUUCAUAUGGAGCCCUUCCAUUUGGAACAAGUGUUUGCGCCAUUUUUUAUGUUGAGCACAGGGUUGAUUGUGUCGAGUAUUGUUUUUGCUUGGCAGCGUUACACACUUGAACUUGAGUAGCUUUAUUCUUAAUUUCAUCAAUUUAUCAAAUCAAUGUGAUUUUUACAGUUUCUGCUAAAGGAAAUCGUAAAUAAUGGAUUCGUGAAUUCGCAAAGUUCGACGAUCAAGAAUACAAUUUUUUUUGGA